AUCCCAGGUAUGAAUUGUCAAACAAAGCAAGAAAGGUACAUGUGAAUAGGACAUUACACCAUCGAUAGAUUUUCGUAUUGACUUAAAAUCGUGAAUAUCAUUCCCAAUUUGGAAUGUAUAGUUCGGCGAUUAGAUUAAAUUUUCGAAAGCUUUGUAAAAUGGCUGGUGCUAAAUUAGAAGCAGUUCCAAGUGUUGAUAUUGAGGAAGGAGUCUUUAAAUAUGUAUUAAUAAAAGUGUACGGAAAUGAUGAUUCUCUAAAUAAAAAUAUUGUAAGGGGAUAUGCGGACUGUCAGUGGCAUUCCGAUAUCUACGACCGAGCUAGUGAAUCCUGUAAAGGAUUAGGAUUAGAAACAGAAUGUCUUGGCGGUGGUCGCAUUGAACACAAUCCCAAUUUGAAAUUAAUAAAGGUGUAUGGCUACUCCCAGGGCUUUGGAAAGGCGGACCACGCGGAAACUAGGAGAAUAUUGCUGGAUAAAUUUCCACUAUAUAGCAUUGAAAUAUCCGACGAAGGUUAUUAAUUCAGCUUAGAUUUCUGACAGUUAUAUUGAGAUUUAAAAAUAAAUGUUUUAUUAUUUCCAAAAAAUGUAAAUGUAUUAAUGGAUAAAUAUUUGAACACAUCUGUAAUUGGUUAUUACCCUUAUUACUGUUCGGAACUUCCCUCAGCUUAAUUAAAGUUAAAGCAAUUCAAUAAUAAAUAGAGCAAAACUAACUUUAA